AUGAAUGUCAACAUCCAGGCCCUCCAUCCGAGCCUGCAACGGUACCUUCCCGGCCAUCUACCGAAGCGGCAGAGACGGCUUUACACGGGGAAAACAAACAGCAAGAAGUUUCAGGUUGCGCACUUGGCCGACGUGGAAACUGAGGUGGCGCAGCGCCUCCCGCUGCCAGGCAGGCUUGCGCAAUCCUUGUUGUUCUCGCCCACCGUGACACGUGCCGUCGUCGUCGAUGAGACGACCGACCAAGUUGGGAUCGGUGACUCCUUUGGCACCCACCCACAGAAUGAUAAUACUUCAAUUCCGUGGGCAUCUGUCAGCGACAAAAAAGACAGCAAAGCAGUGCAGAACAGAGAAACUGCCACCUCCCUUCUUGCAGUAAAGGCCACAGGCACGGAACAACGUUUCAAUAAGGAGACGUUUUACUUUGGAUGCCCAACACUGGGUGGGGCGGGGCAAUUGGAGUAUAACGACCCCAGUGAUCCGCACGGACGCAAUCACAUAGUCAGUGCAUGGAAUACACGACACCACUUCUUGCCAGCCAUUUGGUUCUCGAGGGCAACGCAACAUCCAGCAGUCGCAGACGCGAUGAUUCUGGGGAGCAACCCUUUGACUACAAACAUGAAAAGCGAAAGGCCGCACAAAAGCACAAAUGGCUACGAAACCCCCAUAAAGGAGCUGAACGAAAAAAAACAACUUACCUCCGUCGAAGCUCAACCUCAUGUACCCACCGGCUGCACACCAUUGCCGAAUUCCCACACAUGGCCUGACACCUACAAUCCACCGAACUUAUACGACGUCCCUCCACCCAAGCUCCGAUAUCAGCUCACAGAUUACCACUCAACGUUUCACCAUACCAAAGGCGAGCCAAAUUCAUUCAUGUACAUAAGUGAAAAAGAACGAUUUCGGACGACAAAAGAGAUGCCACUUUCAACACCCACGAACACUGCAAUAUACACAUAUGGAAGGCGCCGAUACCCGACAAAAGACAAUGAAAAGCAAAAUAAAUAA